GUAUACAAGGAAGUGGCAGGGGCCGGGCAGGGAUUGUCAGUGAGCAGUAGAAAAGAGGGAACGACCGAAUCUUACUUGCUAACGUGCCUUCAAACUAACUGCCCGAACCCCCAUCUAGGGAAGGGAGGCCAUACCGCCUGAUAAGCUUGGUCUAUUAACUUAAAACUGCUCUGAAGGCGUCCUUACUGCUUUGAGAUCAUCCCUGCCUUCUUUAGUUCUUGCCAAACCAGUAAGCACUAACUGUAUCUAGCCUGCCCACUUCUUCCAUCUCUACUCUUCUUUAGUUCCAGCAUCAUUUUCCUCCGGCCAGUUCAGAGGUCACGAGUCUUGUUCACAACCACUUCUCAGCCCGUGCAAAGGUUCGUGCCCUUCUCAGUGGGGGGAGAGGGGGAGAGCCAUCAGCAGUCUCAGAUUGUCAUGUUGUGUGCAGCCACAUCAACACACGGGAGGGUCAUUCUUCAAACCAGCUUGGAAGUGGCGCCCAGCUCUCCCCACCUCAAUGCAGAUGCUUUUCCUGUUGGGAAUAAAGCGACAGAGACUCAACUUCCUUCCUUUCUGCCUUGGAAAAGGAGGGGCCUUGGGGAUAAAAAGGGACUUUUGGGCUGACAAGUGAGAGAGAGACUUCCUUGGGGAGAGGAAUUUGGCUGCUGGUGCCAGAGGAGCUGGAGUCACUCUGUCCCGUGAGCAGUGAGGGUGUGCCCAGCUCUGCAGGAGAGAGAAGGCCACUCUCAAGGCCAAGGCCAUUCGUGGAGGAGGGAGAACUGGGCACUGGUCUGACCUGAGGGGACAAAGGGGCAUCCACUCUGAACUACACCAGGCUGACACCUGUGUGUCUAUCACAUCUCCAGCUCCUGAGGCACACCAUGGACUCAGCAGCCAAGGACAAAAUACAGCCCAUCCUUCUUCCUGGCUCUUCCUGUCCAGGGCCUGAGUGGCCAGAGCAGGAGAGGGCAGAACAGCUGGCUCGGGGCGCAGCACUCAAGUGGGCCUCAGGCAUCUUCUACCGGCCAGAGCAGCUGGCCCGCCUGGGCCAGUACCGAAGCCGUGAAGUGCAGCGUAACUAUUUCCUGGAAGCACGAAUUAAGUCGGUGGUGCAGUCAUACCUGGAAGGUGUACAGACUGGCGUGUGGCAGCUGACCCGAGCCCUUGAAGCUGUGCAGGGAACGCGGGAAGCCCUGAGCCAGGCCCACCACUUACUCCAGGGUUUGUCUCAGACCUCCCAAACUCUGGCACCCCUGAGGGAACAUGUCGUCCAGCACAAGCAGCUUCAGGUCCUGACUCAGUUGCUGCCGAGACUACAAGCAGUGCCAGCCGCAGUGGCCCACACACAGACCCUGAUCGAUACUCAGAGAUUCUUGGAGGCAUACGUGAGCCUACGGGAGCUAGAGCAGCUGCAAGAGGAAGCAUGGGCACCCCUAGGAGGGCUGGAGUUGCCAAUAUUCCAGGGACUGGGCCUCCUGGCUGAGGCGCUGUGCCAAGCUGUGGAGGCAGCUGCCGGGGCUGCAGGGCGACUAGCCCGGGAAGAUCCAGCCCUGCUGGUAGCUGCUCUUCGUGUGGCAGAGGCGGAGACUGAACGUACAAUCCUGGGGCAGGCACCCCGAGACUGGCGUCAGCGAUGUCUUCGGGCGCUACAGGAGGGCCUGGAUCGGGCCCACUUCGCAUCACCUGCGCUGCCUGAGCCAGGGGCCCUCGCAGGGUGGCUUGAGGAGCUGCAGGUAGCUUUGCCUGCUGAGCUGGCCACAGCUGAGGCCCUAGUGGCGCCCUGCUGCCCACCAAACUAUAAUGUGGUUCAGCUCUGGGCCCACACCCUGCACAGUGGCCUGCGCCGCUGUGUGCAACAGCUCCUCUCAGGGCCUGAUCUGGGAGCUGCCGACACCUUUGCCCUGCUGCACUGGGCAUUGCAUGUGUACAUGGGGAAGGAAAUGAUGGGGAACUUGGAACGGGGGCCUGAGGCCGAUGUGUCCCAGCUACAGCCCCUCCUGACCUCGGAGAACAUCGAGCAGCUGGAGACAGCAUUUGUGGCCCAAGUCCAGGUAAGUGUGGCUCAGUGGCUGCGGAAGGCACUAGAUGGAGAAGUAGCUGAGUGGAGCAGGCAGCAGGAGCCCAACACAGACCCGUCUGGUUUCUACCAUUCACCAAUGCCAGCCAUUGUAAUGCAGAUCCUGGCUGAGAACAUUCAAGUGACCAGCCUGAUCAGUGACUCACUGCAUCGGCGGGUGCAUGACAUGGCACUGUCAGAACUGGGCGUGUUCUUGAGGAGCUUCAGCGAUGCUCUGAUCCACUUCUCUCAGGACCAUCUCAGGGGAGAAGCCCCUCACUAUGUGCCCUACCUGCUGGCUGCCUUCAACCACCAGUCAGCACUGAGCUCUUCGUUAUCCGUCCUGCUGCCAGACGGGGAAGCUUCAGGGGUCUUGGCUCCAAUAGAAGCCUCGCUGGACGACGUACAGAAGAGGAUCUGCCGCCUGGUAUUGGAAGCACUGCAGGCUGAGCUCCAGCCCCUGUUCGCAUCUCUACCCUCGCGCCGGUGGCUGCUAAGUUCUGAGUUGCUGGAUGGUGUGUGUGAACACACGUCGCACUUCUGCCAGGAUUUCUGGCGUGUGCGGAAGCCUGCUGUUCAGCUGCUGCUGGCGGAGACGGAACGAACCGUGGUGUUGCAAUACCUGCGCGCGCUGAUGCAGGGCCGCCUAGUGUGCCGCGGUGCUGACGAGCGGACCCAGGUGGCUGAGCGCCUUGGAUACGAUGCUGUCCAGCUUAAGGAGCUUUUCCUGGGUUUGGGCCUAGAGGAGAGCGCUCACUGCGCGCCGGUGCUGCUCGCGCUGCGGGAACUGUUCAGCCUCCACGACCCCACGCUGCUCGGCCUCGAGGUGGCAGGCCUGAGGCAAAAAUUUCCCGAUGUGAGCGAGGACCAUGUCUCCGCCCUCCUGGACCUGCGUGGGGACGUGUCCCGAGAGCAUCGCCAGGCAGCACUCAGCUCUCUGCAGGCCGGCCCACCGCCCUCACCUUCCUCUGGCCGCCGUGCCCUCUUCAGUCUCGUACCGACGCCUACGCCCUCACUGUCCUCCUGCCUCCCCUCGGGUCCCUGCUCCUGACCCAUCUGUCUGCGUAAUAAAGCCACAUCCACCGCGCGUCUGAAUCUAUAUGUUGGGGCACGCGGGUGUUGAAAUCAGCGCUAAAAUUAGGGGUCCAUGUCCAGUGAUUAUCCUGGCUGCAGUCUUAGUAUUCCCGUAGCAUCUCGCCUAUGCAGACAUUUGCUCUCUUUGUGAAUUGCGUCCCCCGAACCCUGGGCUCCCGCGGAGUCCUCAGUACCCACGUGUCCGCCCGCCGGCAAUAAGUGUCUUCACCGCCUUCGCCCGUCGCUUUAGAAGCCGGGAAACUUGUGGAGGGGGGAGGUU